AUGAAUGUUAUUAUCCCAAUUGUUUACAGAUAUGAAAAAGAGUUGGCUGCGACUCAAUUGAGUAGCGUACGCAAAAGUGUGGCGUACGGUCUUUAUCUGGGCUGGGGCUAUUUCACAACAUAUAUAAUCUAUGCAAUUGGUUUUAUUUGUGGUCUAUUACUUAUACAUCAUGUAGAACGUCACAAAAUCUCUGUAAGUGAUGUCAUUGUGGCAUUUUCGGAAGCACGAGCUGCAGCAAUUGAAACGUUUCGCAUCAUUGAUGAGAAAUCCGAAGCAAAUAUCAAUGAAGAUGAGAUAUGGGACGCUAAGGAAUCAAAGCAAGAAGAUAUUGAUAUUAACGGCGAUAUUAAAUUUAAUGAGGUGAAUUUCACCUAUCCAGUUCGCCAAGAUGUACAAAUUUUAAAGAACCUAUCACUAGUAGCUCGUGCUGGUGAAACGACUGCUUUAGUAGGCUCAAGUGGUUCUGUUGGGGAACGUGGUAUUCAGUUAAGUGGUGGUGAAAAACAGCGAAUAGCAUUGGCUCGUGCUCUUAUUAAGCACCCUUCUAUCUUGUUGUUAGAUGAAGCAACAAGUGCACUUGAUAAUGCCAGUGAAAAAAUUGUUCAAGAAGCACUCGAUCGGGCAAGUCAAGGUUGA